UGCGGUUAUCUGUGCAUCUUGUACAGCUCUGGUCUCAGCUCUGAGUCAAUUUCCCAGGGAAGGAACUCUGCCUGUAACUACCAAAAAACAAACAAAAAAAUCAUCAAAACCACUCACGCUUCCGAAUCCUCUGAUUUCCUAGUGGAUUUUCAAUCCGGGCUCAGCAAUCAAAGUCGUCCAGGGACACUGCCAGCUGAGGUCUGUUUUGACCGAGACUUUUUGCCUCCCUCUCCUUUGCAAUAUUUUCCUGCCUCAUUUUUGUUUUCCUUCUGACUGAAACUUUACAGUGUGCGUUGCUGCAGCUGCAAGUCCUGGCAGAGCCGAGGCGAUCGCUUGCUACUCAGCACAAAACUUUGUUACUCAGUGGUAUUUUGAUUUUUUUUUAAGACUAACGAGCCCGUGGCUGGCGCUGCUCGUGUGGGUUAAGAAUAAAACAGCUGGCUUUUUUAUAUCUCUAUAUAUAGAUUUAUUGAUGAUCACAAAUGUUAGCUGUGGGGCAGAUGGAUACUAAUCGCCAGAGUGCAUUUGUUCUGAGCAGUACACCGCUGGCUGCUCUGCAUAACAUGGCUGAAAUGAAGACGUCGCUAUUCCCCUACACCCUGCAGAAUCCCUCCAGCUUCAAAGCACCAGCCCUGGGCGGACUGAACACACAGAUCCCCUUAGGGACGCCGCACGGAAUAAGCGACAUCCUGGGGAGACCUGUUGGAACCACCAGCAAUCUCCUCACCGGGCUGCCCCGGAUUAAUGGACUGGCUACCUCAGCAGGGAUGUAUUUUAACCCCGCAGCUGUGUCCAGGUACCCAAAGCCCUUGGCAGAGCUGCCUGGGCGACCUCCAAUCUUCUGGCCGGGAGUUAUGCAGGGAUCUCCCUGGAGAGAUCCGAGAAUCGCCUGUCCUGCCCAGACUGGAAUGGUUCUGGACAAAGACGGAAAGAAGAAACACUCAAGACCAACUUUCUCAGGACAGCAGAUUUUUGCUUUGGAGAAAACGUUUGAACAAACUAAAUACUUGGCAGGACCUGAGAGAGCUCGUCUGGCCUAUUCGUUAGGAAUGACAGAAAGUCAAGUUAAGGUGUGGUUCCAGAACAGAAGGACGAAAUGGAGAAAGAGGCACGCCGCAGAAAUGGCCUCCGCUAAGAAAAAACACGAUUCAGAGACAGAGAAGCUGAAGGAGAGCUCAGAUAAUGAGGACGAUGAUGAAUAUAACAAACCUCUGGACCCCAACUCAGACGAUGAAAAAAUCACGAGGUUAUUGAAAAAGCACAAAUCCACAAAUUUAGCCCUUAUCAGCCCCUGCAGUAACAACUCGGAUACUUUGUGAUAAAGGGCGAGAGACCCUAGCCAACAAGACUGACUGCUCCCUAAGGCGCUUUAUAAAAGCUGAAAUAACCAGGGUAUAAAACAUUAUAAAGAAGAAUUGUAACUGGAUGUUUAAAAGUGAUGUGUUGUACAGCCUAAGAUGUAUGUGAAAUGUAUAUAUUUUUUACAGAAUAAGUUAUGAAAUUAUCUUCCUUCUCAUUGAUGUAAAUUGCAGAGGAAUCUUUCCAACGUUCCUUUAUUUCUUUUUUAACUUUCUCCGCUCUCCCCCCUACUUUCUUGCCAAUUUCCUGCUCUAACAAUCAGAUUUUGUUACUGUUUUGUAUGGAUCACCGACUGCAGCUCAGCCACUUUGUAUAUAGGAAAUUUCAGAUUUUUGUGAUGUAUAUUUCUAGUGUAAAAAUGGCUCUUUUAUUUCACCCCUCCCCUCUCAUUGAGCGUUUUGGCAGUUUUAGUUUCUUCCUCUCUACGGAUUUUAUGCUCUAUUACAUCAGAAAAACAACCAAAAAGACAGACAAAGCUGGACACUUGCUUUUAAAUUGGAUUAAAACUAUUGCCUCCACGUCGGUUGGAAAGACUUUGUAUAAAUCAAUAAAUUAUUUAACAAGCUUCUCCUUUA